UACCUAUCUAUCUUCCAUUCCAUCAACCACUCUCACAAAUUUCCAAUUUUAUACUCAAUUAAGCUCUUCCUUUGCAAGAACAAAACACACAUUUUAUUUGGAGAUUCAAAUUUCUAACUUCUUCCACAGAUUUUCCUUAAAAAAUGAAGCCUUCUUGUGUAGUAGUUUCUCUUCUCAUUUUGUCACUUCUCCUUACAAAAACUCAAGGAAUACGUUUGGGAAAAGGGUCUUUAGCAUUUGAGCAACAAAAACAACAUGAUGAGGAAAGAAGUACUAUGUUGAAAAGAAGCAACACUGAUUCUGAGGAAGCUACUCUUUGCAAUGACCAACAAAAAUGCACAGGAAAUAUAAAGAAUAGGAAACUUGUUACCACUUCAAUUUCUACAACUAAAUCCUUGUCAAAGAAUGUGAAGAACAGUGAGGAUGUGGCUCACACCUCAGUAAAUGGCAAUACUAGAAAUGUGAAUCUGAAUGGGGAAGCAAAGGAAAUAAAAGUAAAAUCAUUGAGUACUUCUAAUUAUCUCCCUGAGGACCUUGUAGACAUAACUGAGAUGGAUUAUUCACCAGCUAGGAAAAAGUCUCCCAUACACAAUUAAUUGGGUCUAGGUAGAAGGAAAAAAAAACAGACAAAAGUUCCUUAUAUUUGGAUAAAUAUAAUAUUAUUAUAGACAGAAAAGUCGAGCAUUGCAGAAAUGCUGCAAUUUUUUAAGGCUUAGGGAUGAUUUGUACAUUAUAUAUGUUGUUCUGUCACUUUUAUUGAUUACAAGCUAUUUUAAGAAUAUAUCUUUUUAA